AUGAUUACUCAAGACACUCCUGCUUUAAAUCCAACGGAAGAACACUACCUGAAGAGGGAACUGCUUCGAUGUCAAUUGGAUUAUGAAAUUGGAAAGCUUAACGAUCAGUUUGCUUUGAGAAAGUUCGGUUAUCCUUUCUCACCAAACGAUCCGACAGCUCCACAGCCUAUCUCCAAUAACGAUUCAUCACCAGUGCUCGGUGGCAAAGGCCAUUUUAGCGUUAAUUAUCCCAUGCUGAGUUAUGUUUUGCAAGAAUUUAUAUCCACAUUUCCUUUACUUUCAACAAAUUUGCUAGUUGAUGAAAAAUUCUGGCAGAGUAAGGUUCAAGUGUUCUUUGAACAUUUCAUGAGUCUUGGGUUUAGUGAAAGUUAUGACAGGGAGGAAGCUUCAAAAAGGAAGAAAGUUUCCAAAAAGCUAUCAAAGGUUAUCUUGUUGCUCUUUAACUCCGGUGUUGGCUCUUUUCAAGAGCAAGCGUAUUAUAAUGAGGAUAAAUUCGUUUUACAGUCAGGCCAAGCGAGAAAACGCUCUAAUAUUGAGAAAUUUGCAAUGCCAACUAGAGAAAAUUUAGAGAAUUUGCUCACUAACGAAUCCGUUUUUAUUAACGGUUGGGACGUCAAUAUUAUAUCCGUGUUCAAUAAGAAUUCACGGAAAUGUACUGAAAGUGUGGAUAAUGACAAGUCUAGUAAAUCUACUCCAACUUCGAGUCCCAAAAGCCAUGCUAUAAAAUCAUUUGCUUCCACUUCUAAAUGGAUGAAGAAUGCCUUCAACAACACUAUUAACAGUACCAUAAAUAGUAUGCCCGAAUCCUCAGCAUCUUUAUUUUCGAAAUUAUCCCUUGGCGUGCCUUCAACUAAGAGCAAGCAAUCUAGAAAACAUCAUUAUUUCUUGAUUAAGAUUAAGAAGCAAGAUGACGACGACCAAGAUAACAGCAAUGAAGAGAAUAGUAAUCUUGAUCACCAUGCUGGUUAUUUCUAUGUGACAAGAACAUACAGCGACUUCAAAAAACUAUCUCAUGAUUUAAAAUCAGAAUUUCCGGGGAAGAAAUGUCCGCGCUUACCUCAUAGAAAUAAAAAAGUGACGUCUAUGAUAACUAAAACCGAAGUGUUACACAAUGGGCAAACUAAAUCAGCAGCCAGGGAAAAAAUCGUCAACACUUUUGACACUGAUUUACAAUCUGCAUCAGAGUCUGAUAAUUCUUCAUUUUUACAGACAACGAAUGAAUUAUCUGCUACAGAAACAGUACUCACAGAAAAAGAAACUGAAACGUUGAGAAAAAAUAUUCUAAAUGAGAUCAAGGAAGAAGAUAAUAUUGAUGAGGACGAGUAUGAGGAAGAAGGUGAAGGUGAAGAAAGUGAUUUUGAUGAAUAUAAAGAUGCAUCCGAUUCAAAAAUCAAUACUUUGGUGGGUGAAAAAAUGAGAACUUCAUUAAGACAAUAUUUAAGGACUUUGUGUAAAGAUGCAGAGGUUUCUCAAAGCUCAUCUAUUCGUCGCUUCUUCCUAAGUGGGCCUAAUUUAGAUAUUAAGGACAUAAAUCCGAAAAUAGCAGAUGACAUUAGAAACAGGGCUCUGAUAGAUGUAAGUAAUUUGGAGAACCAAAUACGUUUCCAACAGAUGGCGUUAGAAAAGUCUUUAAAGCUGCAAGACUCAAUGAAAGAUUUCAAAACAUCCCUGUUAAAAGAUGAAAAAUACUUGAUGAGUCUACUAGUAGAAAUCAAGGACAAUACGAAAGUUGAAGACCUGUCACCACUUUUACAAGACUUUGUGGAAUGGUGUAAGAUUUAUAUUUCCUCAAUGAUUUAUCAAAUGUUUCUGGGUAACGAUAACAGUUAUGAACUCUAUACACAAAUAAGACGGUUACAUAAGCUUAUGCCGUACACAGUAAUGGGACAGAUCAUGAAAUUUACUAAUCCAAUAGCGAUCAUGAGGGGUAUGAUUGAAUUAUUUAUGGCACAACCCUUCGGUGGUCAUUCGCUCCUUCAAACAAUGUUUUCUACGAUAUUAACAGAUGAUUUGAAAACUCAAAAGGUAGCUAUAAAGGAAUUAGAAAGGAAAAUUGCUGAGAUGGACCCGGGCGCUUCAGUUGUGACUAAAUGCUUGAAGGAUUUUGUCUUUAAUAAUGAUACUAAGGAUGAGCAUGAUACUAAACUCUUUACUAUGGACGCAGUAAAUGCAGAAUCCGAAUCCAUGAACAUGCCUGUACCAUUGAUAGUAUUAAUGAAAAGUGCAGCUGCAAAUCUAAUUCCAGACGAGGUUGUCGCGGGACUUAUUGAAUCCUAUUCAUCAUGGAAACUGCAAAAAGAAGACACGGAUGCCUUGAAUGUAACCAGCGAAGAUCAGUCAGGUAUUUAUUUCACACACGUCAAAGAUUUAUGGCAAUUGUAUAUUAAAGAACAUGAUAAACAGCUAAUGAGGCAGCUAUGGCAAGAUCCUGAGUUAACCCAAAUGCUAAAGGCAAUUGUCACUAUGAUUUACGAACCUAUGGUCAAGAUCUUCAAAGUUGCAAGGAUGGAUGUUGCUUUGAAAAAUUUUGAGAAGUUCAUGAGUGAUUUGAUCAGGCUUGUUGAUGAUGUUAUCAAUGGUCAGUUGGGCGUUUCCACACAGUUCGAUGUCGUGGAAGAAAUCCAUAACUUAGUAACCAAACAUCAAGAUGCCUUUUUUGAGUUUAUUCAUGAUGUAUAUUUGAACGAUUCAGAGGGCAUUUUUGAAGGUUUUAUUACUUGGAUUACUACGAUAGUGAAAUUUUUGCAAAAGAGUAAAUUCGGAGGACCGAGUGAAAGGAUCGACUUCAAUAAGUUAAUUUGUAGAGAUGAUAUCGAUAUUGAUGUCAAACUUUUGAAAGUUCAAGUUAAUAAUGUUCUUAAUAAAAAGAUUGGUGCGAGAAAAAUCUAUAAGAAGUUGUUAGAUUUGAAGGUUAAACAAGGUACUAAACAAAAUAACAAACACGCUGCUGGCAUACUUCAAAAGAAUUGGAGUGACAUAAACUCCUUGGUUAUGCCAUCCAGCUCUGGAUCUUUUGGACUUGGAGAUGGUGAUUUGGUGGAUUUGGAUCUCGAUACAGGUGAUUACGAUUUUUUACAUAAAGAGAAUGAAGUUGAAUUAGAAAAGCAAUACAAAGAUUUAUUGAAUCUUGUUGUUGAUGAAAGUGAAAUUGAUAAAUUGAGAUCUCAAGUUUUCGCACAGGAAUUAAAAAAUUAUUUAGAAGCUCAAAUUGCUAAAAAGUAG